AUGGGGCCAAAUGCGUUUGAGGGGCGAUCAGCCAAAGGCGCUCUGCAGGGGAGGAGGCAGGCAAAACAGCCCUCGCAGGCCAGCACAGCUGCAUAUGAGCCAAGCGCAGCCACAGGCAAAGCUUCGAGCGAGCUUCCCCGCCUGGCCUGGGUUGUCUCCCAAUCUCCAGGGCACCUGGGAAACUGGUCAGUGGCGCUGUCAGCCAUCAACUGCUACUGCGCGCGGCAGGGGAUCCCGUUGUUUCUUGAGCCGGAGACCUUUGUCAAUGACGGCCGGCCGUGGCUGCACGAGAGGCUGCGCAUUGUGCAGAAGUACCUUCCACGGUUCCAGUGGGUACUACACAGCGAUCUGGAUGUGCUACCUGUGAAUUACUCAGUGCGGGUGACUGACUUCCUGGAUGACCGUUUUGACACGAUCCUCCAGGAUCGCAUUCCCCCAAACCACCCGCCAAACACCAUCCUGGGAGCUUCUGAGCUGCACGCCAGCGCUUACUUUGUCAGGAACUCGGAGCGCGGCAGAAGCUUCAUGCAGCACUGGCUCAGCGGCUCAGACAAUGGCCAGAGGCGCUUUUACAACCAGGAUAAUGGGGAAUUGCAUGAGAGCAUCCUGUACUUUUUGGGGCUGCAGUCUUGCGUGUCUAAAGACAUAAUAGACAGAUGGGGCUAUGUGCAUCCGUAUGUGACAUACUUGCGCUGCUUCAGAAAACAAUUGCAGAGCCAUGUGAUGGACGCUAAUCCCCAGUCUGCAUGGUAUGAGGUUACGUCAGUGGGUGGGUUAGUCAUCAAGGUGUAUCGCCAGCUGGCCGGCUUCCAUCGGGACAGCCAUGCGGCGGACCCCUGCCUGGUUACUAAUCCGGCAUGCAACUUCUUGCCGGGCGAUUUCCUGCUGCAUGGCAAGCACCUCCAGAAGUUUGUUUCACCCCGCUUGGGUGAUGGGGGCUUUAUCAACUGGCAAAUCAAGGGCUGCUUUGACCGCCCGGAUAACGGCAAGCUUGUGAACUUCAGGGCGUGCUGA